AUGACCUCAGCUUCUAAUAGUUCGACGUCGAUGGCGUCUCUCUUCGAUGCUGCCGGCACCUCCACUGCUCAGACCCUGACAACAUCCUCCUACACGCGAACUCCUGCCACCUCGAUGGCCAUGACACCAGCUUCGUCCUUUUCACACCUUAAUGAUACUUCAAGCAAAAACAUCAUAAUCCUUGUCGGCUUGCCCGCCACUGGCAAGAGCACUAUUUCCCAGCUGCUUGCCACACACCUCAACUCUCAUCCACAUCUCAAAACCAAGGUCUUCAACUGUGGACAAGUUAGAAGAGAUACCCUCAAGACCACGGAUACCUAUCAUAAUUAUGAGUUCUUUGAUCCCAACAACAAGCUUUUCAUCUUCAAACGAGAGAUCAUCGCCAUGAACUCGAUGGACUCGUUGAUAGACGAGUUGGAACUGGAAACCAUCAAUGUGGGUAUUCUUGAUGCCACCAAUACCACCCGCGAACGGCGAUCCAACUUGGUGAAGUUGGUCCACGAGCGAGUAGCCAACGAAGGGUUGGUGUUGGACAGCUUGGUAGUGCUCGACAUUCAGUGCACGGAUCCAUUGCUAAUCCACUAUAAUAUUAAUGCUAAAACGAAGAAUGACGAUUACAAGAACCAGGAAUACCAGCAGUCGAUCAACGACUUUACCAAACGACUUGGUAACUACAGACGGGCGUACCAGCCCAUCGAUGAAGAAGAGUUGCAGUCGUACCGUGAAAUUUUGGCCAGCUACGUGGUGGUGGAGAACGGCGGUGCUGAUUACCAUGAACGGACGUUUCACAAGAGUGAGGUGGGAAACGUUAUGAGUGAGUAUUUUGCGGCCUACCUGAAAUACGAUGCACGGCUUUAUUAUGAUAAGGUUGCAGACUAUUAUAGACACGCAGAAUUUGAGACGAACAAAGACACAAUUAAUGACAGGAUUUGCAACUACUGA